UUCCCAGGGCGCACUGGGGCGCCCGCCGGAAGAGCCGGAGCCGCGCGGCGGAGGAGGCGGAUGAAGGGCAGCGGGCUGGGCCGGAGGCUCCUGGCCUCGCGGGGCGGCUCGCGGCCGGGCCCGCCCUGGGGCGCUGCGCUGCCGGCCCCAAGGAGAGGUUUUGUUGCCACAGCCCCUGUGAAGUCAUAUGACAUGAGAAGAGUUGAAAUAACCCCACUGGAACAGAGAAAGCUAACCUUUGAUACCCAUGCAUUGGUACAAGAGCUGGAAGUGCAUGGUUUUGUUAAAGAGCAAGCAGAGACCAUUGUAUCAGCAUUAACAACUUUGUCAAAUCUCAGCCUAGACACAGUCUAUAAGGAUAUGGUGACCCAAGCUCAGCAGGUGGAAAUAACUCUGCAGCAGAUAAUGGCACAUUUAGACUCUAUUCGGAAUAUGGUCAUCCUAGAGAAAAGUGAAUUUGCAAACCUGAGAGCAGAGAAUGAGAUGCCAUACCAUGGCAAGCGUGGAGCCCGCUCAGCUCACCGCUGCUGUUAUGAGCGUUGUAAACACCACAUAUUAUCCUGGAAUAUGUGCAGAACCGGGCUAAGAAAUGCCAGCACGAGGACAAUUGUGAUGAGGACAUGGACACAGAUGUUCCUGAAAGCACAGGCUGUGGCAAUUGGGACAUCAUGGCGGCAGUGGGGCUGGUUGAUA